AUGAACUUUAUGAAUGGUAUAGUUUUGAUCACUGGUAUCUUAAUAUCAGUGAAUAGUGGUUUGUCAUCUAAUAUAUUAGCCUUUUUACCAACCAAAGCACGCAGCCACUAUGGAGCUUUUGAACCGUUACUCAAAGAGUUAGCGGAAAAAGGCCAUAAUGUGACAGUUUUUUCACCAUUCUCAAUGAAAAAUCCACCAUCAUCUUACCAUCAUAUUCAGGUUGAGGAUGAAGAUCUCGCAAUGAGUUUUAAUCCAUUCAGUGUUGCUAAACAUUUCAAACCAAUUUUAGUUCCAUUUAGGUCUUGGUUUAUGUGGCCAAAAUUUACAGAAACAAUAUUAAACAAACCAUCUGUUCAGAAAUUGAUUCAUUCGGAAGGACUUCAUUUUGAUUUAGUUCUAUUCGAAAACUUCUACCAUGAGUGUUUUGUAACCCUUGGACAUAAAUUCAAUGCAUCUGUUGUACAGUUAUUUCCAUCAAUUCCGAAUGCUGGUGUUGCACAGUGGCAUCGUAAUCCGUAUGAUGGAUCAUAUAUUCCAGAUAUCAACACUGGAUUCUGUGACAAUAUGUCUUUCAUAGAACGUUUGACAAAUACAGUAUUGUCAUUUAUACAUACAGCUUUGAGUUCAUUUUUCUACUUUCCAAAACAGAGGGAUUUAAUGGAUAAAUAUUUCAACUAUACUGGUUGGGAAACACGGCCGUCGAUGGAAAGCAUGCUAAAAAAUAUUUCCCUGACAUUGAUUAACACACACUUUUCUGUUGGAACGCCGAGACCACUUGUUCCUUCAUACAUAGAUGUGGCUGGAAUGCACCUCAAACCUGCAUCUACACUCCCAGAAGAUCUCCUGAACAUUAUGAAUGAUGCUCCUGAAGGAGUUGUGCUUUUCAGUUUUGGUUCUAUACUCAAACUAACACAAUUACCCAAAAAUGAAUUUGACAUUUUUAUUAGACAACUGGGUAAAAUCAAGCAAAAAGUAUUAUUUAAAUGGGAAUCAGAUACUAAAAUAGACUUUCCGCCAAAUAUAAUCGUCAGGAAAUGGUUUCCACAAGCUGAUAUUCUAGGCCACCCUAAUUGUGUACUAUUUGUUACUCACGGAGGCAUACAUAGUACAGAAGAAGCUAUAUACUUUGGAGUGCCAAUGUUGGCAAUAUCAGUGUUUGGGGAUCAGUUACAUAAUUCAUUAGUAAUGCAGAACAGAGGCGCAGCAAUACGUAUAAAAUACAGUGAAUUUACUGAAAAUGAAUUUGAAAUAGCUUUAUAUAAGAUGUUGAAUGACAAAUCGUUUAAAAAAAAAGCAGCAGAACUAUCACUGACUUUCCAUGAUCAACCAAUAAAAUCAUUAAAUAAAGCAAUUUACUGGAUUGAAUAUGUAAUAAACCACAAUGGGGCUCAUCACUUAAAAACUGCUGCUGGCGAAUUGACUUGGUACGAAUUUCUACUAAUUGAUGGUUUGUUUUUGGUGGUCAUCAUGAGAAUAAUUAUAACUAUAAUAUUGUGGUAUGUUGGAAAAAAAUUGUGGAGAAGAUUUUGUUUAAAAUCUAAACAAACCUAA